CCUUAUCCAUGUGACGUCAGUCGGUGCCCUAAAAAAUGGCGGAGUCGGAGGAGGAGGUGGACGUCUUGGUCCAAAGAGUUGUCAAAGACAUCACUAACGCAUUCAAGAGGAAUCCCAACAUUGAUGAGAUUGGUGUGAUUCCAUGUCCAGAGGCCCGCUGCAACCGCAGUCCCAUUGUGUUGGUGGAAAACAAGCUGGGUGUUGAGAGCUGGUGUGUCAAGUUUCUGCUGCCAUAUGUCCACAACAAGUUGCUGCUCUACCGCCAACGCAAACACUGGUUAGACAGGGAAGCUUUAGUGGAUAUCACCUGCACUCUGUUGCUGCUCAACCCAGACUUUACCACCGCAUGGAAUGUCAGAAAGGAACUGUUGCAGUGUGGGGUUCUUAACCCAGAGAAGGACCUCUACCUGGGCCAGCUGGCCCUCACCAAAUUCCCCAAGAGCCCAGAGACGUGGAUACACAGACGCUGGGUGCUGCAGCAGAUCCUGGAUCAGUUCCUUGCUGUGAGCCACAAUAAGACUCAGGAGCAGCAGGGUGAAGCAGAGCAGCCAAAUGCAGACAGCAGCCGACAGCUCAGUGACCAUCUGACCAGGACUCUCCACCAAGAGAUGAGGGUAUGCUCUGAUGCUGCCUGCCGCUAUCCCAGCAACUACAAUGCCUGGUCCCACCGCAUCUGGGUGCUGCAGCACAUGGCCAAAGGCAAUGGCAAAGUUUUCCAUGAUGAGCUGUCUUCUAUGCGCCUGUGGGUGUCCAUGCAUGUGUCGGACCACAGUGGCUUUCACUACCGCCAGUUCCUACUCAAGGAGCUGAUCACUGAGCACUACCAGACUUCAGCUUCCGCCACCAUCAACGGUUCAUCCCAGCACUGGUCCAGCACAUUACCCAGUAGCGGUCCCCACCAGCACAGCUGCAGUCAAACUAAUGGGGAGCUGUCAGGAGCAGAGGCAGCUAAUGAGGAUGACAGACAGCUGAGCUUCACCACAGUCCUUCAGCUUUUUCAACAAGAGAUAGAACUGUGCUCAGACCUGAUUCAGUCCUUUCCUGGACACGAAACGCUCUGGAGUCACAGGCGACAUGUCUUCUACUUGUUGAACCAGUGGAGGAGGGAGCAUCAGUGCAGUAGCAGAGGAGACAACAACUCAAUUCACCUCAAUGACUGUGAUCCAGGCAUGUCGGAGGUCAGCCCUCAGAGCUAUGCAGGCCGGGAGGAGAGUGUGAAUGGGCAGAACCAUGCUAGUGAACCUAUGGAGCUAGACAGGGUGUCCUUGCCAAACCCGCAUGACAGCAAGCGACUGAAGAGAGGCGUCCUGCUGCCCGGCACCCCCACCCUGACCUCUGAGCACAGCUUCGUAAACAGUAUUUUGGACAGCUGCUGUAAUCCUGAGCAGAGACGCUUCGCCGUGGCAUACAAGAAGUGGUUAGACACCGUUAUUGGCCUGCAGUCUUGAGAGAGAGAGAACAGCUGGCCCCAUCCUUUCUCAACACUCAAGUUGCCUUUAGACUUAGUUUUAGGAUCAGCUUACCUUCCUAUAGUACUGACUUAAGUUAAUCGUACUUUAAAUGCAGUGGUGACUUCAGAAACCAGUCAUGGGGCAGCCUAUUUACUGUUCUAUCCUCUUGACAGUAGGUAGAGAGGAUGAGGAUCUUUUCCCUCACAAAUAUCUGGAUUCUCUUGAGCUUCAUCUGAGCCAGUUCCCUUCAGAAUGGAAAUCUGCCCACUGUGCGUCUGUUAGUAGAUUGUUCUCUUAUUUCAGGUGUUUCAAUGCCGAAGAUGGAUUUCCCACAUUUUAUUUUAUUGCCAGCAGGUGUUCAUCUGCACUCCUUAAUUUUUGUUCAAGUAUUUCAGCAGAGAAAUUAACUGAAGCUGCCACAGAUGUAAGAACAAUGUCAGAGGUGAGAGCAGAACAGAUUUUACACUGUUUGACCUAUUAAAAUAAAAUUGUUGGACAAGAGUGGACAAGACAUUCUGAAAUGCAGUAUAAAAGAAGGAAUAGGAUGCAAAAUGGUUUAAUAAAGUGUUAGAACUUAUUCCCUCCUUUUUACAAAUCUAGUAUCCCAGGUAGUAGCCACUCUUUAAAGAAAAGUUACAUGUACAAGUGUCAGAGAAAAAUGCAAUUAUGAAAUAAAGCUAUAUUUUUAAAAGGGCUUUGAAUAAUAUAACUAUAAUGAAGGAAAAAGUAAAUUCUAUAAAGUUGUUGCUAUCAAAGUCAGCAAAUAUAGUUCAAAAUAAAAAGUUAUGUUUCAAUUAUCUGUACUUUAUUAUUUGCCCUCUGAAUUGCAAGCAGUGUCUGGGCAUCUUAUGCUCCUGUCAUAAUUUUUCUUACUGUGGCUCAUGCAAUAUAAAGUCCUACACCUCAAUAGUAACAGCACAACCAGGGCUAGAAGUAGAGAAAACUCAGAAAUGUCUUUAGUACUGUUUGACCUAAUUAGAACAUCAACCUACUGUGCAUUUUUCACACCCUGUACAUUUUGUACAUUUAUCGUAUUGUGCAAGUAUGUCUUAUUUUCUUCUCGGCCUCUAAUAUGUUUCUUUGUUUCCUCUCUGCUCUGUUUAAGCAAUCUGCAGUUUGCCUGAAAACUCUCGGAGUGCAGAAAUUUCUUUUAUAGGAAUCUGAUGCUAACAGUUUAUUUCUGUAGAAACUUUAAUUGAUGAAUUUAGAAUAAAGUGAUUUUUUUUGGUGAAAUAUCCCAAUUUUAAGCAUAGGUUUGGAGAAUUUUCCCAAUGUCACACCUGAUAUGUUCAAAGAAUGUAUAAAAAGAAUCAAUUUUUUAACCUAACACUAAAGGCAAUAAGGUAUUUUAAGUAUCGGCCCUUUUAGAGCUAAUUAUAUCAAUUUGAAAUUGAAAAUGAAUGACCAUUACACUGAUUAUACUGUCUUUCUGACAUUCUUGAAAAACUUUCUAUAACCUAUGUUUAUGCCACUUUUGAUGAAUGUCUUAAAAUUCAGUCAGCCUUCCUUGGUUAAUAGUAGGUUUGAAGCACAGCCAGACUCUUUUUUUUUUUCUCUAUGGUUUAUUAGAUUUCCAUUCUGAAGGUGGUAACAUUUCUUUUAACCAUGCCAUUUUCUCUUUCUCUUUUCUUUUCCUGAUCCUUUGCUACUUCCCGGUUGGGUUCUAUAUGAUUUUAGUAGUAAAUCUGUUCAGUAUGUUCUAACUAUGUAGCUGAGUGAAAUGUUACAGCAACGGAAAGCUCUGUGAACAAGUCAAACUUGGGAGUCUUACAGCCUGAAGCACUUAAAUACAUGUGCAGAGAAAUAUCAGCUUUACCACUUCAGCAGCACAGAUGUUUGACGUUGAAAGACAGAUCGCUGGGGAAUUGAGUUCCCUAAAUAUUAACUGGUGCUACAAACUGAUGUUACUACAACUACUUUAUCUGUUACAGGUGUAUAGUGUACAACAGGUCAAAAUUUAAGAGCGCUAUAAAUUAUGUAGUGAUAAUAAUCAGUUAUUGUUUUGUGUAGUGUCAUUGCUAAACAACUACAUGAAAAAAUGCUUUUUUAAGUAUCUGUUAUUUUGCCCUAUAACUUCCCUUAAGCAUUUUAUGGAUAAGAUGACAUUACAGACUCUGUUGUUUGUUUCCCAAAAGCAUCAAAUCCGAGAGAUUAGAAAUAAUCACGAGGGCUUCCUAUACACUUGUUGGAGGCACCUAGAACACAAGAUUUCAAGAAUGUUUGGAAGUAGGGCUUCAUCUUAUAUUUGUCCACCGCUGACAUGACAAUAUUUUCAAUAGAUACAUCACAGGAAGAGUGAUGUAAAGUAAAUUAAACACAUCCUGCUGCAACUUUUUUGCUGCUUGAUACAAAAAAAAAACUCCCACAGUUCUUAUGUUCCACGACUAAUCUAGAGAUCUGUCUUAUCGAACAUAGUUUACACCGAUUUAAGGGUUCUUGAAAACCCUGAGUUUCAAAUGAACAAUGUAUUCACAAGGCAGAGUUUGCAUAGACGUGUAGUUUUCACAUGUGCAGUGCAAAAUGAUUGACAGGAAAGAAGAACAGCAGAAAAACACUGAGAAGAUUUGGUUGCAAAAAAAAAUGCAACUGUGGUGUAUGGCAAUGUUUUGGCCACAUAAAGAAUGAAAAACGGACAAAAUAUUCCAACGAUUGUCCAAUUGAUCUGACAGUUUCUGACAUCAGUCGUCAUCUAUCCUCAAUAUGACAUGUACAUUUUGUUGAAAUUUAAAGGAACCAGCACUCUUCAAUUCUAGGAUUAAUGUGAGAGUAAAAUCUGACUUGAGCAGGAACGGAAUUCAUCAAGAUUUACUUUCUUAAACAUCCACCUGGUGAAAUGUUUUACUGAAGGCAGCAAGUUGAACGCUAUAGCCUGUUUAUUGCACAAGUUUUGUUUUCGCACUGAAAAAUUCCAAGUAUAAAACACUUCUUUGAACACUUUAACACUUGUUUUGUGAUGGAUGUAUUUUUAAUAGAUAAAAGGGCUUAUAGCCAGUUUGUGUAAAAUGUUUUUUAGCCCAUUUCAGCACAGUAAUCAUCUGGUCUUAAUGCACAUAUUCAUACUUACGCGCAGUAGAAAUUUAAGAGUCUACUUUCACAUAGAAGACAGUUAUGACUCUCAAGAUCAAUCAUUUUUGGGUUAACUGACCGCUAGCUAGGUAUCAGUAGACCCAGCUGCUUUGUCAUUACUACAUAAAAAUAGAGGUAACAACAGUAGGGUUACAAUUCACAUCAUGUCUUUGUUAAGGAAUAAUUUGGAGCACUCCUUUGAAGUCGUUACUUGCUGAAUCUGCACAGUCCAUCCCGUCAGUUAUACAAGCGCAUCUCAUAUAAAUAGAACAUGGUGGAAAAGGUUCAAUAUUUUCAUCAGACAUUGCUCAAAGUGAAAAACAUAUAUACUCUAGGAUCAGUACACAUAAAAUCAAUCUCAUAAUAUUCAAAGGAUCAACACAGAUCAAUUAUAAAAAGAUUAAAGGAUUUAUAAUUGCAAAAAUACCCAAAUUCUGAAAAGUUCUUCAGUAGACAGAAGCAUGUAGUGCUCCAAACUCUGCUUGUAGCCAGCUGCGCUGAUUUUGGACCUGAUUAUUCAUGGUGACCAACAACAGCAGAUGACAUGGCACCAAGAUCAUCACUGACUGGCAACGUCUCACUGGACUGAAAGCAUCUUUGAUCCUGUGGCUCUCCACUCUUCCUCCAAACUCUGGGACCUUCAUUUCCAAAAGAAAUGCAAAAUUUACUUUACACCUGAAAAGAGGACUUGGGAUCACUUAGCAACACUCCAGUUCUUUCUCUGCUUAACCCAGGUAAGAUGCUUCUGAUGUUGUUUGGUGUUCAGGAUUGACUUUACAAUAAGAAGAGGACACUUGUAGCCCAUUUCCCGGACUCGUCUGUUAUGGUAGCUCUGGAUGCGCUGGUCCCAGCUUCAGUUUGCUGCUUGUCAAUCUCUUCCACAUUCUGGAAUCUGCUUUUCUUGACUAUCCUGUCAGGUCUGCAGUCAUCCCUUUUAUUUGUGCAUCUUCUCCUACCACACUUUUUUACUUCCAGUUAUCUUCCAUUAAUAUAUGAACAGCCAGCCCUUUCAGCAAUGUACUUCUGAGUUUUACCCUCCUUGUGAAGGGUGUCAGUGAUUGUCUUCUGGACAGCUGUCAAGUCAGCAGUCUGUACUGAACCAGACUGAGAAGUUAAAGGCUGUUUGCAGAUAUUGUCAGUUAAUUAGCUGAUUAGACCACUUGUAUGUAGGUGUACUUGAUUGACAUCUCUGUGGCCCUCUUUGCAGUAUUCUUAUAUUUUGCGAUAUAUUUUGGAGGGGGUGGGUAUGAGCUGCAAGCUGUUCUCAUCAAAGUUAAAACAAAUGAAAAUUUCAAAUGUUUAAGUCUAUGUGUUCUGAGUUUACUAUAUGCAUAUAUAAAAAAAUCACUUUGAGCAAUGUCUUGUGAAAAAUGUAGAACUUUUUCCACCAUAUUCUAAUUUUAUGAGAUAUAAUUGCAUAGAAAGUGAAAAUAGUAGCUCCUCCUGCUAUAGUGUCCUCUCUACUGACAAAAGAAAUAAGAAUGGUAUUCUUAAAUUUGUGUCUAACAGAUCUGUCUGACCUAUAUUCCUCAAAAAAUAUAAUGGCCUGCAGUUUGAAGAGACUUCAUCUUUUCUCCAAGGAUGUUAUGGAAUGUUGUUCCCAGUUUUUCAGGGCACAAAAGUAUUCACACUGUAUGCUAUGUGGUCACAUGUAUUCCUUAUCACAUCACAAAUGUGGCAGGAACAUAAAUGUUGGGUCUUUGAUGCAGUUUGGGUGUUGUCACCUCCGUAUACAGUGGUUUGAGAUUAAAAGGAAAUUUUUAUCUGAGUGGCCACUGUGUGCACAGGCUGUGUAGACAAAAACUUCGUGGCUCCCUAUUACUCGAUCUUCAUGUGCUUCCAUAUAACUCGUAGCUUCUUUUAUAUCCUUCAGCGUAAGAGUUGUGAAGUCUGAUGCGUUGUCACCUUGAAUCGCUGUAUAAAUGGUCAUAGAUAAUCUUGAAGUUAGUAUUUUUAUUUUAUGUAUACAUCAGGAAUAGGUGCGUAUCAGAACUGUAUUGUGGGGGUAUUUUAACAUUCUUGCACAUGAGAUUUGAAUACAAGACUAUGCAGAAAUGUUUUUAAAGGUUCAACAUGCUUUUAAAAACAGUAAUGUAGCAUCUGGUUUUUUUUGUUUGUUUUUUUUUUUAAAUUAUUAUUCAUUUGACUUCAGGGGAGGCUGUGCUCCUAAUGAAUAUCUCCCAUUAUCUCAUCGGUUUUCUUAUUUAUAGAAUGAAAGUAUUAUAUCUUCACUUUCAGUGUUUCAUGGUCUGCUUACUAAGAAAAUAAAGCUUGUCUGUUCAUACCUA